AUGGAUCUUCUGAUCGUAUGGAUUUCUAUGCUGUUUACAGCAGUUGCUGACACAAGAAGGGAAGUCUUCCCUCUAAACAUGGCUCCUUACUCUGUUGAUGAUGACUAUGAGGGCUGUUCUGCUGAAAUGUCCAAGUUGGUGGAUACAAAAUACCUUCCCUCGGAAAUAUCUGGCACUUUUGAAGAGGCUUGGAGAAACACAAAGAACGAAAUUCAAGGAAUGAAACAACAGUUAGAUCAUCUGACCAUUAAUCAUGCCAUCGCUAUUCGUCUGUAUACUCAUAAAGAGCUCAAAAUGUAUCUUGAUCUCAACAAUGCUGUUCGCACAGGUAAAAAACAUUACACAACCACUUUUAUGUAUCACUCUCUUCACUUUCUGCUGACAGAUGCCAUCCAGCACCUUAACCCUGAAGGGGCUUGCUUUAAGGUUUAUCGGAGAACUGAUCUAGACUUUACAAAUCAGAACCCGUCAAUAAGAUUUGGCUCUUUUACAUCAACCUCUUUGCAUACCAACAUUUCCGCCGAGUUUGGAAGUAAAUCAUGUUUUGAGGUGUUGACAUGCUAUGGUGCAAAUGUUACAAAAUAUUCAAAACAUCCUGAAGAGAAUGAGGUGCUGAUUCCACCCUAUGAGACGUUUACAAUCAAAGAGGUCAUUAGAAAUGGAGAUGAUCAAACGGCUAUGAAGUGUGAGACGGUUUACCAGCUGGAGAGUUCUGGUAUUGAAAGUAAUCUGAGGUGUGCAAUGAGUAGUUCUACUGCAGGACGGGAAAUCUUUGAAUUGUAA